GCGGGGUUACGAGGCCACGCCCCCUGCCCUCCGGCGGAGGUGGAGCGGGCCAAGAUGGCGGCGGAGCCGGGGCCGGGCCCGGACCCUGAACUGGAGGAACUGCUGGAGAGUGCUCUCGAUGACUUCGAGAAGGCCCGCGCCCGGCCCCCCGGGCCCUCCCCCACGACACACGCACCCGGAGACCCCAAAGGCACCGAGAAAUCCCCCGGAGCUGCAGCACAGGACUCGCUGUUCUCCUCUCAGGAGCGCUUCUUCCAGGAGCUGUUUGAUGGCGAAUUGGCCUCACAGGCGUCCGCUGAGUUUGAGCGAGCCAUGAAGGAGCUGGCAGAGGAGGAGCCGCAUCUGGUGGAGCAGUUCCAGAAGCUGUCGGAGGCGGCGGGGAGAGUGGGCGGCGACGCCGCGUCGCAGCAGGAGUUCACCUCGUGUCUGAAGGAGACACUGAGCGGCCUGGCCCGGAACGCCACCAACCUGCAGGGCUCGGCCGUGGAGGAGGAUCUGGCCAAGGCCAUGGAGGGGCUGGGGCUGGAGGAGGGCGGCGGGGAGGGCGGCGUGCUGCCCGUGGUGCAGAGCGUCCUGCAGCACCUGCUGAGCAGGGACGUGCUCUACCCGUCGCUCAAGGAGAUCACGGACAAGUACCCCGAGUGGCUGCAGCGGCAGCGGGCGGCGCUGCCCGAGGAGCAGUUGGAGCGGUACCGGGCGCAGCACGGCGUCAUGAGCCGCAUCUGUCAGCACUUGGAGAACGAGCGGCCCGAGGACAGUGAUGGGGACAGGAGGGCGCGGGGGGCUGCUGUCAUCCAGCUGCAGGAGCUGGGGCACCCACCCAAGGAGCUGGCUGGAGAGGCGCCCCCCGGCCUCAACCUGGACCUGGAGGGGCUGACUCUGCCCGAGGCCAGCGGGGAGCAGUGUCGGCUCAUGUGAUGGCGACGUCCCGUCCUGCUGCCGAGCAUCGAGGCCGGCCCGGCUCGUUAAUUGGGGUCAUUAACGCCCUGACGAGGAUGAGGAGGACGAAGGAUCCUUCGUGGGACGGAGCGGAGCUGGGUGUGGUGUCACAACGUCCCCAGUGUCCCCGUGGGAUGGGGCGGCACUUGGGGGGCAGGAGGAGCCGGGUGCCGGGCUGGGGGGGGGCGCUGCUGUCCCCAACCCCACACGUGGGGACACCCUGCGGGUGGAGGGCGGCCGCCACGGCCCCAAUAAAGGUGAUGGAACCGUGGCACCGCCACGUGGAGGA